GAUCUCUGUCAGGAAUGGACUUGCCACCUGGUAUCCCGGUGCCCGUUGUCGAGCAAGACGUUCCAAUGCCUGAUGACCCGGUGCCCGCUGUCGUGCCAGUUGACUCAGAGCCAGCUGUCAUGCCUGGUGACUCGCUGCCCACUGCCUUGCCAGAUGACCUGGUGCCCACUGUCGAGCCAGAUGACCCGAUGCCUGAUGACCCAGUGCCCGCUGUUGUGCCUGGUGACCCGAUGCCCGCUGUUGAGCCAGAUGACCCGGUGCCCGCUGUCGUGCCAGUUGACUCAGAGCCCGCUGUCAUGCCUGGUGACUCGGUGCCCACUGCCUUGUCAGAUGACUCGGUGCCCGCUGUCGAGCCAGAUGACCUGAUGCCUGGUAUCCCGGUGCCCGUCGUCGAGCCAGAAGAUCCA